UUUAAUAAUAAAUAACACAAGGAACAAAACAAGAAACACGAGUAGCGUACAGACAUGAAACAGUGAAACAGAAACAAUAACGCCUGGGGAAGGAACCAAGAGGAGUGGCAGAUAUAGGGGGGUAAUCAGGGAGGUGAUGGAGCACAGUGUAUCCUUCUCUCUGCAGCCAUGCUGUCUCAGUUGGAGAGAUCCAUGCAGUCCCUGAUCACGGUGUUCCAUCGCUAUGCCGACAAGGACGGUGACUGUAACACACUGAGCAAGAAGGAUCUGAAUGAACUCAUGCAGUCAGAACUGGCCAGCUUCCUGAAGUCCCAGAAGGACCCAGCCGCCAUAGACAAGAUCAUGAAGGAUCUGGACCAGAAUGGUGAUGGGAAGGUAAACUUUGAGGAGUUUGUCUCCCUGGUGGUGGGCCUCUCCAUCGCCUGUGAACAGAUCUACCAGCUCCACACCAUGAAGGCUUCUGCCAAGAAGUGAAGGAGGACAGGACAAGGAGAAAGAGGAAGAGAAGCAGAGAUGGAUGCUUUUCUAUAUGUCAUUUUGCUUUUCUAUAUGUCAAAUAAGUCACUUUAUAAGAAGUCUUACUGUUGUGAAUAAACACUGGCUUUCCCGCU